GCCGCCGCGUGUCUCCCUCCCUCCCCGGCGCCCGCUCCUUCCCGCCGCGCGGCUCUGGGCUGGGGGUGCCCGGCGCCCCCGCCCUGCAUUGUCCCCGGUGCAGCGCCCCCUGCCGGCCACCGUGCCGCGCUCUUUGGGGCCCGCGGCGCCCUGGCAAAGGCCGUUGAGCCCAUCCCUGAGUUCCCCGACGCUUCCAUGACCGCGCGCGUGGGACCACCCAGGAUAGUAGCCAUUAAGGACCCCUGCUGAUGGGGCCCCUUUCUGGAGGGAGCAGAUACCACCUACCAGGAGGCAGAUCCUACAAUCCGAACCAGCAGGUUGACCUGCUUGAGGAUGCAUGAUUGAGGCAGAUGCAGUCUCACCUCGGAUCUGAGGACUCCAGCCUAUGGGAUGGUGCUGCCCAGAGAUGUGUUUCCUAGGAGAUUCUGAAUCCAAUCAAACUGACAGUGAGGAUCAGCCAUCUCGAGCUUCCUCCAUGUGCUCUUGCUACCAUGGGCUGACCUGUUCUGCCCUACCUUCCCUCCCAUGAUGCACUCUGGAACUUGGCCGUGAGCUGAACACUCCUAUUCUGCUAAAGGGCUCACCUCAUGAUGCUGCUCCAGGCUUGACGCAACAAGACCAAAAGAGCGUGGAAACUUUUAAACUGUGCCCCGGGACAGAUCGUUCCUGCUUGUAAGAUAUUUAUUCCCGCGUGGAAGGAUAGUGCUGGGGCCACCACUCCUUCUGAAGCAUGGUGCCGUGGCUGUGGAAGGGGCUGGUAGGCAUUGGCCUCUUGGCCCUCGCCCACGCUGCCUUUUCGGCUGCUCAGCAUCAUUCUCAUAUGCGACUAACAGAAAAGGAGUAUGACUCGCUGCCUGCAGAUAUAGUUCUUCAGACACUUCUGGCCUUUGCAGUUACCUGUUAUGGAGUAGUUCAUAUGGCAGGGGAGUUUAAAGACAGGGAUGCCACUUCAGAACUAAAGAAUAAGACGUUGGACACCUUAAGGAAUCGCCCGUCUUUUUAUGUGUUUCGUUAUUCUGGUCGUGGACUGUUCGGGCCUUCAGAUAUAUGUUCUUCAAACGUCAGCGCAUUAUCUUCUGACAUACGGUUGAAGUUUUGAAAGUUCAGAUCACUGCGCUGCUUAGCUUUUUACCAUUUAAGUAAUAGGACAGAAGCAGAAUUAAGUCCUGGGAUUUGGAAUGUAAAACCACCUCCUACAUAUCAGUAUUUUUAUUGAUAUUUUUCAAACUUAAUUAAAAAACAAAACUCUAACCGAAGAACAAACAAACAAACAAAAAGCAAAAGGUAUUUAUCUCGGGUAUCCAGUGACAGCUGCAGGACACUGACUAACUGGGGAGGGAUUUUUGGAUGAGGCAAACAUUUGACUCUCAGCCCAAGUGAAGCAGUGCCCUGGAUAAUGCAAGUGGACCUAACCCAGCCAAGGGGCUGAGUGGAACAAAGAGGCUUAGUAAGGAAGACACGCUCCCGCAUGCUUGAGCUGAGACCGCGGUCUUUCUCUGGCUCCGUCCCCUAAACCCAAACAUCAGCCCUUCUUGCAUGUUGAGCCUGCUGCCUCUCAGGCUUGCAUGUUGAGCCUGCUGCCUCUCAGGCUUGCAUGUUGAGCCUGCUGCCUCUCAGGCUUGCGUGUAGGCUCCCCUGGGCUCUGCUUGCGGACUACAGUUUUUAGGGACUUGCAGGUUUUCCCAGUGCGCAGUCAGUUCUUCAUUGCGACUCUCACCGCGGGCUCCCCUAGGCCCUCAGACUGAUGAUCGGGAGGCAGGUGUGAGCCGGGAGCUCAGAGAUGGGGAUGGUUUUCCGUGCUGUGUGAAGAGGCCUAACUGAAGCAGAGAAAGAGGCCAGCGUUCCCGGAAUGGUGGAGAUAAGUGGCGGAGAGAGCCUCACCCCUGCCAGUCUGGCUGAAGAGGUGGAGAGAGCCUCGCCCCUGCCAGUCCGGCUGAAGAGGUGGAGAGAGCCUCGCCCCUGCCAGUCCAGCUGAAGAGGUGGAGAGAGCCUCACCCCUGCCAGUACAGCUGAAGAGGUGGAGAGAGCCUCACCCCUGCCAGUCCAGCUGAAGAGGUGGAGAGAGCCUUGCCCCUGCCAGUCCAGCUGAAGAGGUGGAGAGAACCACACCCCUGCCAGUCCAGCUGAAGAGGUAGAGAGAGCCUCGCCCCUGCCAGUCCAGCUGAAGAGGUGGAGAGAGCCUCGCCCCUGCCAGUCCAGCUGAAGAGGUGGAGAGAGCCUCACCCCUGCCAGUCCAGCUGAAGAGGUGGAGAGAACCACACCCCUGCCAGUCCAGCUGAAGAGGUGGAGAGAGCCUCACCCCUGCCAGUCUGGCUGAAGAGGUGGAGAGAACCACACCCCUGCCAGUCCAGCUGAAGAGGUGGAGAGAGCCUCACCCCUGCCAGUCCAGCUGAAGGGGUAGAGAGAGCCUCACCCCUGUGGGCAGUCCGUGUGCCACUUGCUAUGGUCUGGUUAUCCACCAACUUCUCUUUUGUGCUUGUGGUUCCGUAUGAGAUCCUGCCGUUUGCAAAUGUGUUUGUCAGAGGACUAGAAUCAACAAGGGGUGUGUGUGUGUAAAACUGUCCCUUGGUGUCUGCAGAGGACUGAUUCUGCAACUGUCUACAGGAACCCAAAUCCUCCAGUGCUCCAGUAGUUUUUAGAAAAUGACAUAGUGUUUGCGUAUAACCUAUGCCUACCCUCUCCUAUACUUCAGUCAUCUCUAGAUUCCACAUAAUACCUAAUACCAUGUAAAGGAUUCUGUAAAGGAUUGUCAUACUGGAUUGUUUAGGGAAUAAUGAUAAGAAAAUGUCUGCAUAUGUUCAGUACAGAUGGAUUUCUCCACCUUCCCCCCACCCCACUAAAAAAUAUUUUUUUGGUUAGUA